AUGAUCGGAGCAACGGCAAUAUCCAACGACCUGCCAUCCCAGAAGCUCGCCACCAUCGAGCUUGAGCUUGGUAAGGUCUACGCUCCCGGAGAGAUCCAUGCGCUACAGGUUUCAGCCACCCAAAACCAGACCCAAGACAAUCUACAGGAGAGGAGCCUCCGCAAGCGUGAAGUUCUACACGCAACCUUGAACGCCAAAUUGAACUUUUACUGCCCCAACCUACGAAACACGCAGCGCGAAUUCGAGUGGGUUUCCUAUUGGUAUUCUCAGUCGAAUCGAAUGUAUAUGGUCGGCACAAAGGAUAUUGACGGAUUCAAGAAUUUCUCCUUCGACCCCAAUGAUGGCGUAUUCGCUGGCUACUGGUACCAUUCAUUCUGCUUGGCUACUCCGACCAAAAUUUGUACCUACAAUGUCCAAGCCUAUUUUAGUGGAAAGAAGUACACGCACUUCAUCAUGAUGGAAAUGGUUACGGAUACCAGCAAUGGAGCAAACAUCUUGGCUCCAUUCGUUACGGAGAACUGCGUGGAUAUUCAUACUAACGCAUGUCCUGGUGAACGCCUUCUAUAA